AUGGUCAUGAAACUCACAAUUUUGGUGAAGACACUUCCAUCCAUGAAGAGUAUUUGGUUCUACUUCACCUGGGUAUUGAGAAGGACUGUAACACUACACAAACCCCCGAGUGUACCUAGAGCAGUAAUACCAGACAAAUCUCCCAGUGUACCUACGGCAGUAACACCAGACAAAUCUCCCAGUAUACCUAGAGCAGUAACACCAGAAAAAUCUCCUCGUGUACCUAGAGCAGUAAUACCAGACAAAUCUCCCAGUGUACCUAGAGCAGUAAUACCAGACAAAUCUCCCAGUGUACCUAGGGCAGUAACACCAGAAAAAUCUCCUCGUGUACCUACGGCAGUAACACCGGACAAAUCUCCCAGUGUACCUAGAGCAGUAACACCAGACAAAUCUCCCAGUGUACCUAGAGCAGUAACACCAGACAAAUCUCCCAGUGUACCUAGAGCAGUAACACCAGACAAAUCUCCCAGUGUACCUAGAGCAGUAACACCAGACAAAUCUCCCAGUGUACCUAGGGCAGUAACACCAGACAAAUCUCCCAGUGUACCUAGAGCAGUAACACCAGACAAAUCUCCCAGUGUACCUAGAGCAGUAACAUCAAACAAAUCUCCUCGUGUACCUAGAGCAGUAACACCAGACAAAUCUCCCAGUGUACCUAGAGCAGUAACACCAGACAAAUCUCCCAGUAUACCUAGGGGAGUAACACCAGACAAAUCUCCUCGUGUACCUAGAGCAGUAACACCAGACAAAUCCCCCAGUGUACCUAGGGCAGUAACACCAGACAAAUCUCCCAGUGUACCUAGAGCAGUAACACCAGACAAAUCUCCAAAUGUACCUAGAGCAGUAACACCAGACAAAUCUCCCAGUGUACCUAGAGCAGUAAUACCAGACAAAUCUCCCAGUAUACCUAGGGGAGUAACACCAGACAAAUCUCCCAGUGUACCUAGAGCAGUAACACCAGACAAAUCUCCCAGUGUACCUCGGGCAGUAACACCAGACAAAUCUCCCAGUGUACCUAGAGCAGUAACACCAGACAAAUCUCCCAGUGUACCUAGGGCAGUAACACCAGACAAAUCUCCCAGUGUACCUAGAGCAACAACGCCAGGCAAAUCUCCCAGUGUACCUAGGGCAGUAACACCAGACAAAUCUCCCAGUGAACCUACGGCAGUAACACCAGACAAAUCUCCCAGUGUACCUAGGGCAGUAACACCAGACAAAUCUCCCAGUGUACCUAGGGCAGUAACACCAGACAAAUCUCCCAGUGUACCUAGGGCAGUAACACCAGACAAAUCUCCCAGUGUACCUAGGGCAGUAACACCAGACAAAUCUCCCAGUGUACCUAGAGCAGUAACACCAGACAAAUCUCCAAAUGUAUCUAGGGCAGUAACACCAGACAAAUCUCCCAGUGUACCUAGAGCAGUAACACCAGACAAAUCUCCAAGUGUAUCUAGGGCAGUAACACCAGACAAAUCUCCCAGUGUACCUAGGGCAGUAACACCAGACAAAUCUCCCAGUGUAUCUAGGGCAGUAACACCAGACAAAUCUCCAAAUGUAUCUAGGGCAGUAACACCAGACAAAUCUCCCAGUGUACCUAAAGCAGUAACACCAGACAAAUCUCCAAAUGUAUCUAGGGCAGUAACAUCAGACAAAUCUCCAAAUGUAUCUAGGGCAAUUUCCUGA